UCUAAGCCCUAUUUCACAUUUCUCGCUCCUUGCCUCGGGUUCUUUUUCCAUCAUCCCCGUAACGACCACCGACAGACCCCGAUCUUCUUCACUUCCGGCGCAGGCGAGACCCUCCGAACACCUGAUCUUCCCGUUUCCCCAUACUCAAAGCUUGCGAUACAAAAAUCCGUCCCUUCGUCUCUCAUACUCUCCAUUUCUUUUCUGAGGAUUAAAAUCACUGUGCAAACAAGGGCAGUGGUCGCAAAGGCAUCUGUAAUGGCAACAAAUGAAAAUCUUCCACCCAAUGUAAUAAAGCAACUUGUGAAGGAGUUGAAGAAUCUUGAUGAAUCCCCACCUGAGGGUAUAAAAGUGGGAGUUAAUGAUGAUGACUUUUCAACCAUAUAUGCUGAUAUUGAAGGCCCAGCCGGGACACCAUAUGAGAGUGGGCUUUUCCGUAUGAAGUUGUUAUUAUCUCGUGACUUCCCACACUCUCCUCCCAAAGGGUACUUCCUGACAAAGAUUUUCCAUCCAAACAUUGCAUCAAAUGGUGAGAUUUGUGUCAAUACACUAAAGAAGGAUUGGAAUCCUAGUCUUGGACUACGGCAUGUUCUCAUUGUAGUGAGGUGUUUACUGAUUGAACCAUUUCCAGAGUCGGCUUUAAAUGAACAGGCUGGCAAAAUGCUGCUUGAAAAUUAUGAGGAGUAUGCUAGACAUGCCAGGCUGUACACUGGAAUUCAUGCUAAACCAAAACCUAAGUUCAAGUCAGGUGCUAUUUCAGAGUCCACUACGGCUCUGAAUAUUGAUCAAAGUAAUUCCUCGGUUCUCAACACUGAUCAGAACACUGGAGUUAGUGCUGCAAUAGCGUUGCCAUCUCCAUUGGCUCCCUGUACAACGGCCACUAAAGGAGGAAACAGUCAGGAUCAGCCACCUCUUGUAGGUCCAGUGCCCGAGACAGGAGUCCUUGGAUCUGUGACCAUGGCAACACCAAUAAUCAGUACUCAGAAAAAGGAAGGCGGACCAGCAAAAAUACAGGCAGAAAAGAGAAAAAUGGAUGCAAGAAAGAAGAGCUUAAAGAGAUUAUAAGGGCAAUUGAUUGAAUUGUCAUAUUCCUUAUGAAUGGAGAGGCCGUAUAAGUGAUGGGGAUAGGGUAUCUGAUUGAUAAGGAAAUAUUUCCAAAUGGGGCAGUGUUGGGUUAAACCAAACUCUAUGACCUUAUUUCAUUUGCCUUGUGGUUUCCAAAGAAAAAAAAAACAGAAAAUUACUUGAGAAACCUUCGAAUGAUGGAGUUUUAUUGUUCUUUA